GCCCCUUCUCUAAGGAAGCGCAUUUCCUGCCUCCCUGGGCCGGGCUGGAUGAGCUGGAGCUCUCCGCUGCCCGCGGUCACCCCAGCCUCCAUCUGCGUCCCUGUCCUGAGCCUGGCCAUCGCCCUGCCGCCGUGCACAGGAGCCUGGCAUCCUCUCCCCCGCACCCGACGGCCAGCCCCGGGCCCGGCUGAGUCCCACGCACGCUUCUCCUGACCCCUCGGCCGCCACCCCAGAAGGCUGGAGCAGGGACGCCGCCGCUCCGGCCGCCUGCUCCCCUCGGGUCCCCGCGUGAGCCCACGCCGGCCCCGGCGCCCCCCCGAAGCCCUGCCCCUGGACACCGGAUAAGGCCCAGCGCACGGAGUCCUGGGCCACAGCAUGGACCGCAGCGCGCUCGUCCCGGGCUUCGCCCUGCUGCUGGCCGCCUGCAGCCUCGGCCCCACAGGUCUUGCAGAAAAUGUCUACUGUGACUUACAGCCUGUGGAGCUCCAUAGAGGAGAGGUGACGUAUGCCACCAGCCAGGUCGAAGAGGGCUGCUCGGUGCAGACUCCUGAUGGCACCCGAGAAGUCCACGUCCUCUUCCUGGAGUUCCCGAAUGCUGUGUCACAGCUGGAGCUGACCCUCCAGGCACCCAAGCCAAACAGCACCCACACUCGAGAGGUGCUUCUGGUCCUCGUCACCCACAAGAACGUCCUUCUGCAGCUCCGGGCCCCGGGGAUCCCACUCCGCCUGGCCUACAAUGCCAGCCUGGUCAUCUUCCAAGACCCCCCAGAAGUCAGCGUCACUCAGCUGCCACCGUUUACUACCAAAACCAAGAUCCUUGACUGGGCAGCGACAAAGGGCCCCAUCGCCUUGGUGGCCUCACUGGAUGACCCCAGCAGCAUCCUCCUCCAGCCAGGCCAAGCCCCGAAGUCAACGUCCUUCUGCCUGCCAGAAGCCCACCAAGACAUGGGCCGCACGCUUGAAUGGCGCCCGCGAGCCCCCGCCUCGGUCCAGGGCUGUCGCUUGGAAGGCGUAGCCGGCCACAAGGAAGCGCACAUCCUGCGGCUCCGGCCGGGGCCCAAUAAUGUCGAGCCCCGGACAGUGACCUUGAAGGUAGAACUGAGCUGCACGGUUGGGGAUCCCGAUGCUGUGCUCAUCCUGCAGACUCCGCCCUACGUGUCCUGGAUCAUCGAUGCCAACCAUAACGUGCAGGUCUGGACCACGGGUGGAUACUCCUUCAAGAUCUUCCCAGAGAAACACAUACCUGGCUCCCCACUCCCAGAGACCCUGCAAGGCCUGCUGGGAAAGGCCCGCAUGCUCAAUGCCAGCAUCGUGGCCUCCUUUGUGGAUCUCCCUGUGGCCAGUGACAUCUCCCUGCGGGCCAGCUGCGGCGGCGGGCUACAGACCUCUCCUGCACCCGUCCCCACCACCCCACCCAAGGAGAACUGCAGCCUGCACCUGCUCCUGUCCAUGAUCCGGCCCGUGUGUGCCAACGGCGUUAUGACAUUGGUCCUCCAUAAAGACCACGUGAAGGCUCUGCAGUGCGACAUCACCAGCCUGACUUUCUGGGACCCCACGUGCCAGGCUAAGGACAGCAGUGAGCAGCUUGUCUUGAGCAGCAACUACUCGAGCUGUGGCAUGGAAACGACGGCACAUGUGAUCAGCAAUGAGGUGGUCAUCAGUAUCCUGUCGGACUCGUCACCACUGAGGAAAAAGGUCCACUGCUUCAGCACGGACAGCCUCUCCUUCCAGCUGGGCCUCUACCUCAGCCCGUACUUCCUCCAGGCCUCCAGCACCAUGGAGCUGGGCCAGCAGGGCUUCGUGCAGGUGACCAUGUCCCCAUCCACUCCUGACAUCACGUUCCUGCUAGAAAGCUGUCACCUGGACUUGGGGCCUGAGGUGGACACUGUGGAACUCAUCCAGGGCCAGGCAGCCAAGAGCAGCUGUGUGAGCCUGCUGCCCCCCAGCCCUGACGGUGCCCCACGCUUCAGCUUCCUCCUCCGUGUCUACAGGGUGCCUAUCCCCACUGCCGGCACCCUCAGCUGCACUGUGGCCCUGAAACCCAGGAACUUGCCCCAGGAAGUGCACAGGACCAUCUCCAUGCGUGUGAACAUCGUCAGCCCUGACCUGUCUGGUAAAGGCCUCGUCCUGCCCGCCGUGCUGGGCAUCACCUUUGGCGCCUUCCUUAUUGGGGCCCUGCUCACCGCUGCGCUCUGGUUCAUCUACUCGCACACGCAUCCCCCUGGCAAGCGGGAGCCCGUGGUGUCGGUGGCUGCCCCAGCCUCUUCCGAGAGCAGCAGCACCAACCACAGCAUCGGGAGCACCCAGAGCACCCCCUGCUCCACCAGCAGCAUGGCGUAGUGCCUGGCCCGGAGCUCUAGGGCCCCCCAGCCAGCCCUCACCCAUCAGGAGAUGCUGUGCAGCCCCUGGCUGGGACCCACUAUUCAGGAGCUCAUCCCAGGACCCUAGCACCUCGCCGCAACCAUGGACUGAGCAUGCCCUCUGCUCCCCCACCUCCCACCUGGCUCCCAGAGGCCAGCUGCCAGCAGGGGCACCAGCCUGGAUCAACUCGGGGUCCCCCCCACCCCACUGCACAGAACCUUCAAACCCAGGGCCUCUAGGACACAGCUGCCCAGGACCACAGAGAGAGACCACUGUCCUCUGUGUUCACAUCGCUGUACACACUUGGGGCCUUGCCCUUUGAACCCAGACGGAGCACUGGGGAUCUGCACUGGGUGGGAGGUUCGAAGUCCAGCCGGUUUCCACACCUGCACUGGCACGACUGUGAUGGGGAAACGGAAGCUGAUUGGUACCCGGCCUGGGAGCCCCGAGGGGCACAUGGAGACCGCUUCCCGGCCCAUCAGGCAGAGAGUGACCAGGCCCCUCGUCCUGGGCCCACCCCUUUAUACCCAUCAUCAAUAAAUCAGACAUGAAUCCCAUGCCAACCUGGGCUGGGUGAAGGGGGGCUCUCAGGAGGGGUGCACAGAAGAGUGCUGCUCUGGCCUCGUGACAGGUGUGGCAUCCUGAACAUACCAAGUGGCCAGGGCACAGCAUGUGCGGAUUAAAUUACUCCUACUGCUUGCUCACUCGGUGGUAUGCCCGUGGGACCAAGGGUGUGAUGAAACAAACACAGGAGGCCCUGUCCACACUCCCACUACGGUUCAAAAUAGGCCCCCAACUGCUCUGGUUCCAAUUCAGGACCUGCCACUUACUGGCUGUGUGACUAGCAGCUCCUGCGGCUUUCUCAAAGCCAGCUACUGGUCCCCCGUAGUCCAAUUCUUGGUCUCAGCGAGGUCUGCAAAGCAGUGCGAGGUGUAUGGCCAACAGCCCUGGGCCCAGUUUUCUGGCGCCACAGCCAGGCCACCUGAGGCUCUGCAGGAGGGAAGGGGUUGUCCAAGGCCACAUGGCCAGGGCUCUCUCCGCCCAUUCCAGUUCCUAUACUUGCUGUGCCCCCAAACCCUAAUUGUCUGAUGAGGGGACCAGAAAUGAAGAUCAAUCAGAUGUUGCAAUUUCUUUAAAAAUAAAAUUAAAAGCCUUUAA